UCGCAGGCGCCAAAGCACGGAGAACUGUGAAAAAGUGAAACAAAGCCAAUUCGGCAAAAGUUUCAAAGAAUAGGUGCUGUAAGUGGCUAUAAAAAACAUUGCUUGUGCAUAUUUUGAUUAAAAUACGGUGUGAAAGUAAGCAAACAGCAUGUAAAUUAAAGAAAAUUUGUGAAAAGAAAUAAAAAAAAUUAGAGAGUGUGAAUAUUCAAAUGCAAAUUAUUAUUUUUAUUAUGUGCCAAAUACGCAUUAAUUUGUGCAAUUUGCAUGUAGUUAUAUGCUUUUAGCAUGCACCAGCUGUAGCUGCGCCGAAAAGUAUGCAAUAUACACAACUGUAUAUGUGAGCACCAGUGUGGCUGUGUGUGGUGCAUGUCGCUAGCGAGACAACCACUUGUGAAUAUCGAAGCAUUGUGUGUAUUUUCAAGGCGAAACAGGCACAAAAGCAACAACAACAACGCCAACGAUAGCAUGCCACACAACAGCAAAUACCAUAAAGUUUCUCGAAAUAUUACAAUAACAAAAAGUGAAAUAUACAGCACCCAGCAUACGCCGUGUUUUACGAAACAAAAACAAGAAGCACAUUGCAGGCAAGGUUUUAACUGACAACAUUUAACAGUAUUGCUAACAAGCAACAAACACAAUAGCCAAAAGCACUAUUUCUCAGCGCCGCCAACACACCUCCAGCAGGCUGUCAGUUAUUUACACUGCCGUUGUCGUCGCUUAUUUACAGUGCAGGAAAUGGAUUUUCAAAGCCACAACAACACCAGCGGAAAUAAGUUUGUCUGUCCCAGCGACAGACAAUUGGCAUUGAGAGCAAAAUUACGCGCUGGAUGGAGCAGCUCUAAGACCAACGAACCGCUUCGGCCCGAUGAGCAAGCCGCUAUUAUUUCCGUUAUACGCCGCAAUGAGGAAAUCGAGACCGCCGAACGGCAACGCGUUGGUCGACUUGUCGAGCGUGUGGAGAAAAUUAAACAACGCGCCGUCGAAGGUGGUCCAAAUUGUUGCCGGCUCUGCGGUGACACCUUUGGGCUGCUGCGUUCAACGCGCAUCAUUUGUGAGGACUGCAAGAAAUCGGUGUGUACAAAAUGCAGUGUCGACAUUAAUAUACGUUAUCAUACCAGUGAUCGCACGCGCGAAAUAUGGUUGUGCCGCAUCUGCUCGGAGACACGCGAAAUGUGGAAAAAGUCGGGCGCAUGGUUUUUCAAAGGGCUUCCCAAUUAUGACGCACCCAGCAGCACUAAUUCGACACCCACACAUCAGUCAGCAAGUGGCAGCGCCAUGUCUGAUGUGUUGCUGCCGCCGCGUGGCGCACAAAGCUGCAACAACACGCCCACACGCAAUGUGCGCGUUAAGAAGCUGACAAUACAUGUGGACGAUAGCAGUAGUUCGGAAGAGGAUACAAACGGUGGUGGCGACGGUGUUGGUGAUGUUGUGGAUGGCGCCAUCAGCGCUGUGUGUGCUGCAGCGCCGUUGACAACAGCACGCACACCGAACAGAAAUUCCAUCAACGCUGAUGUCUCACCACCCGCGGCGACGCGUAUGCAACGUGAGGAUAGUUUUCGUCUGCGUACUUUCGGCUCCAUACGCAGUUUCAUUGAUAGCGGUGAGCGGAAACUUUCCAAUUCUUUUUUCGCCAAUCGUCAGACAUCGCGUACAGAAAGUAAUCAACAGGACUAUGACACCAUAUCAACGGCUUCGACUGUCACUUCGGUAAACAAUAGGCGUGAGAGCAAUAGUAAUUAUACGCGUCGCAGCUCCGUCUCGUCAUCUUGGUCGAUCAGUGGCGAAAGUUCAUCGGGCAAUUCGGCAAACACGAGCAAUCAUGUGCCCAAUCACAAUCAAGUAAAUUUGCAUUGUCGCGAGUUGCUCGGUUGGCUCGAGGUGGCGGUUAGCUAUCGUGAGAGCGUACAUAGUUUGGACUGCGUAAUGGUAAGAGCACGUGAUCUGCCUGCUAUGGAUGCGGCUGGUUUAACGGAUCCCUAUUGUAAGGUGAAUAUUGUGACGCCCGAUGGUAUGACCAAGUAUUCGCGUUGGUUGCGUACUAAAACUGUGCAUAAGACGCGCAACCCUGAAUUUAAUGAAACUUUGCAAUUUGUGGGCGUCGAACCGGAGGAACUAGGCGGUUCGUCGCUGUAUGUUGCGAUAUUCGAUGACGAUAAGUAUGGGCAUGACUACUUGGGAGGCGCUAAAAUUUCGUUGUCGCCGGUGCACAAUACCAAUCAGUAUCGCAUAUCUGUGCCGUUGGGUGGCGAGGAUCGGUUUAGCAAUGAAGCGGAAAUGUCACAGGAGUGGCCGCAUGGCAAAAUUCUGAUAUCACUAUGCUAUAAUACAAAGCGACGUGCUUUGGUGGUGAAUGUAAAGCAGUGCAUCAAUUUGAUACCGAUGGACAACAAUGGCAGCUCGGAUCCAUUUGUUAAGCUACAACUGAAACCUGAUUCUCAUAAGAAUAAAAAAUACAAAACCGGUGUCAAAUGGCGCACAUUAAAUCCAAUAUAUCGCGAAGAGUUCUAUUUCGAAUCCAGUCCACAUGAUCUGAAUAAACAAACGUUGUAUAUAACCGUUUGGGAUAAAGACAUCGGCAAGAGCAAUGAUUUUCUGGGCAGUUUGGUAAUCGGCUACAAUAGCAAGGGCGAACGUUUGCAGCAGUGGCUGGAUUGCAUAAAAUUGCCGGAUCACUUUCACGAAAAAUGGCAUUGUUUAUCAGGGGAACACCCAACGCAUUAAUCAAAUGAGUGACGGAGCGUAUUGAAAUUUAUAAAAAAAAAUGGCACAUACAAUAAAAUUAUA